AUGACAGACUCAUUUGGCCCUUCACAAAAAAAUGGUCAAUUUACUGUGAAAUCUGCAUAUAAACUCAUUUCUGGUCAGUUUGCACAUAUGCAUAACCCUAGUAGUAUCAACCCAACUUAUAAAUCUCUUUGGAAACUAAGGGUCCUUCCAAAGGUACAAUUAUUCAUUUGGAAAUGUCAUGAAAAAAUUCUGCCCACUAAGAGUAAUGUUUAUAAGUUCAGUGUUGGUCGUGAUAUAACCUGUAGAAUGUGUAAUGCUUCUGCUAAUGAGACUGCUGAGCAUAUCAUUCUUCAUUUCCCUUUUGCAAAAGCGGUGUGGUCACUUACCCCUUACAGGGAUCUUUUGAUUCAGGAUAGUAACAUGAGCAUCUCCAUUUCUGACUGGGUUUCAAAGUGGUUGGCUACGCUAAUCUCAAAGAAAAGGCUGUUGGCUCUCAAAAUGAUUAAUGAAACAGAACAAUUAUUAAAAUGUGACGUUUCUCAAAUUGGUAUCCCACCUACUAAUCCAGUGGGUGUGGAUUAUAACGCGACUACUAUUGAUCUCCCUGAUGAUUGUGUCAUUGUAUAUUGUGAUGCUUCUCAUGACUCUAAUUCUAACUUGUCUGGUAUUGGUCUGGUCAUGAAUGACAAUGCAGGAAAUUUCCUCGGAUGCAAAAUCAUCUUUGGGAUAGCUAGGAAUGCGGAAGAAGCAGAAAGCCUUGCUCUCCCGGAAGCUGCAAUUUGGACUCGAGAGAAAGGAAAGGAAAAUGCAUGUUUCAUCAGUGAUGCUAAAGUAGUUAUAGAUUGUUUGAAAUCCAAUAAUAACCAGUUGUGCUGGUAUAAUAUAUCAAUCUUGAAUGACUGUAAGUCAGUUUUAGAAUCUUUUAUGUUUAGUAAAUUUGAAUUCUUGAAUAGAAGUUUUACUUAUUUGGAUGAUAUCGCAGCCAAACAUGGUAGGAAAAAUAGAGUCAAUGGUGAAUGGUUUGGGUAUAUCCCUUACUUUCUCACUGAACAUCUGUAA